CCACUUUAAUCAACGCUGGCCUCCUCUUUAGGUUCUUGUUGGACAGAGAGCUAGUAUUCCAGACCAAUUUACUCGCUCAAACGGCGUUUCUGAAGGAACCUAAUUUUAUGUUAGUCUUUGCACUACACGGUUGUACUAGAAUCAGAUCCUCGGCGCACGAUUAGCGCGCUAGCUAACUAUACGUUAGGCAUCUGAACGUGAACAGUUAGCUUGCUAACCGUAGCCAAGUAAGCGCCCCCAACCCCAAUAUGGAUGGUCUCCCAAGUGAAGGCAAAUACAUUGCUGCCACUCAGAGGCCGGAUGGCACCUGGCGAAAGCCACGAAAAGUGAAGGACGGUUACACUCCUCAGGAAGAAGUCCCAGUGUAUGAGAACAAGUAUGUGAAGUUCUUUAAGAGUAAGCCAGAUCUUCCUCCUGGCAUGAGUCCUGAUGAUGCAGCGCUGAGCAAGCAGCAGCAGCAACAGCAACAGCAGGGGGACACAGAUUCAGAGGCGGGGGGGAUGUCCAAGGCAGCUAAACGCAACAUGAAGCGCAGGGAAAAGCGCAAGCAGCAACAGCAGCUGGAGCCCGGAGAAGAGGAGGUGGACGAAGUCACCGAGGCUACAGAGAAACUCCAGAUUGCCACAGAGACCAGCAGUGCCGAAAUGGUAGCCACAGAGAAGGCCAAGAAGAUCAAGAACCUGAAGAAGAAGCUGCGACAGAUAGAGGAGCUUCAGCAAAAAGUCGAUUCAGGUGAGAUCAAGAACGUCAGCCAGGAGCAGAAGGACAAGCUGAGCCGGGCAGAAGCUCUGCGCAAGGAGCUCCAACAGCUAGGGGACUCCUAAGUGUUUGGAGGGGUGUCAUGGGGUGGAUUGAGCUGAGGAGACACUGGUGGGACUGGAUGGAUAGUGGAGUAUGGACCUCUGACCACAUUCUUUAACUCAACACCUGUGUACACUACAAGCUCCUCAACACCCCUCCCUCCCACUGGUGCUGGAAUUCUGCCCAUCAGUCUGAACAUUGGCUCUGGGAUGUGAGCUGAGCAGAACCUGUCCACUUACUGACUGACCCCCACCCCGUCCUAUAGCUACUGAACAUUUCCGUUUUCAUUUUAAAUGGCUGUAGAGAUGUUUACUACUUUAGACCUUUUCACAAUGUAGAGAAAAGUGGCUGUGAUAAUGGACUAGGCAGUGCUGGGUAAUACAUUUUCCCCCCAAAAAAUCUUCCAUAUUGUGCUUUUUUUUUUAACCUUGGUAAACAUGACGCCACAUAUGCUGUAGAUGAGGUUUGGUACAUUUAUAUCCUUUUAUGUGUAGAGAAGUAAAUCUGAAUCCAAAUUGGUCCACGACAGAGAGCAUUCUCCCUUGAAAGGUAGGCCAUUGACAUUAGGGCUGGGAAAGGCCACAGAGGCUACGACACAAUACUCUCAAGAUAUUUGGGCAACAAUACAGUAUUAUUGCUAUUCUUUACAUUUUAUCAUACAGCAAGUGUUGUGAUUCAAUUCUGUUAUAUAUUGCGAGUUAUUUCUCCCAUAUAUAUUUCAUAUACUGGCAAUGUUUUCAGCCAUCUUGGCGCGAUAAAUUUGUUCUCGACUCAGACUUCCUUUCCUAUUUCUGCUGUGACGCAAGAGGGGAAUGAGGUCUUGUGCCAUCUUGUGGACUUUAGAAGCAGUGUUAUCAGAGUAGACGUAUGUACGCGAAUACAAUUAGUAGUACUAAGUAGACGUAUACAAUUAAAAUCAUAAUAUUAAAUAAAUACAUUUUGCAACACUUGGUGCCGCUGUAUCGAUUGCAAUACUACACUAUCGAGUGUUUUUUUUUUUUUUCUCUCUUCCCACCUCUAAUAGACAUGUCCUCCUUCAGGUCAUUAUCCAUCAGCUGUUGUAAUAUCUGUAUUGUUUGAUAUCUUAGUGAACGAGUUAAAGCUUCACAAUAGAGUUUAGAAGUUUAAUGAUGAACUACAUUAGUCAACAGGUCCUAGUUUUGUGAUGUCUGAAUGAAAUAAUCUCUGAAACCCAGUUCAUGCAGCACUUGUAAUGUGUGGGAAGUCCAGUACUGGUACUGGACUGCUGACAUCAAUAAUGACCACAAAUGUUCAUUAUUUGAAAACUUGAAAAUAAACAGAACUGCUUAA